AUGAGUGUACCUUCACGCAAGGAAGUCACUGCAAACAAUGCGACAGAUGGGCUCUUUACUGUGUUUGAAGAAAACUUCCUACUCACUGCAGUCACUGCAAUUGACACGGCGGAUAGGCUCUUCACUGAGGUUGAACUCAAAGAGCUCCUUGGCAUGGGGGCGGCACAGGAAUCCUUCAAGGAAGUCACUGCCAUUGAGGCGGAGUACAGUCUCUUCCUUUUCACUGAGCUUGAACACAAAAAGCUCUUUGGCGCGGAGGCGGCACAAGAUUUGAUUGAGGAAGUUUCCGUGAUUGAGGAAGAGGAAAGGCUCUUCACUGAGCUUGAACUGAAAGAGCUAUUUGGCACAGAGGCGGCAAAAGAUUCAAUUGAGGAAGGUAAAUAG